AUGAAUGCCUAUCUGGAGUCUUCGAGAGCCUAUAGGCAUAGACGCAUUGUGGGCCCAAUAGUAGAUAGGGAUGAUACCGCGGUGAAGCAAUUGCUCGCCACUGUGACUCAGUGCUUAGAUGAUAUCCCGUGGGAGCGGGAUGAAAGAACGCCAUCAGUUCCCCUUGAGCACAUUUCGCCCGGAAAUCGAGAGGAAGUUACACCUAAAAGAGAAAUGGGCUCUCUAGGCCGUUCAACGCGUGUUAGCAGCGAGUUGUCGUCGUCGUCGUUCCCGGGUUCUCCGAAACGUCCAGCUCUUGCCGCACUGCUCAACACCCCCAAGCAUGGUCGAUCAUUUACGCUUUAUCGUAGGCAGACCAUUGUCACUCAGCAAGACAGCUCUCAGAUGGUCGCUGAUAGUCAAGGCGAUCGGUCUGGAUCGCCAGUUUCUUGUCGAACCACGAUGAGAGAGUCUGACACUCUUCAACAGCCAGUUCUGCCAUCGUCACCAAGCGUACCCCCGCGCACGCCGCAGUCAACCACAGCGUUUCCUCUUUCUCCAUAUCCUGAACGCCUUUCCUCCCCAUCCGGGAGUGCUUUGGAAUUCAUUCGUCGAUUCCAGGAAAUUGGACGCUCCAACCGCGAUACCGCAUCAAUGCCGCUACCUAUGCGACCACGGUGCAGUCUUAUUUAA